UUAAUCAAUUUAUACUUUCAUUAUAAAUAGAUAACUGCACUAUUUUAUUACCAAAACCUAUUUAAUAUUCUCUUAAAAAUUUGGCAAAAUGAACUGUGUAAUUUAUUUUGGUGUGAUAUUAUGUGUUAAAUCUUCUUUUGUGAUAAGUUCGACCGAUCGGUGUUUUGAACUCAUUGAUGAAAUUCUAAGAAAUCCACAUAGUCCAAUUCAACCUAAAAGACUAACACAAGAAGAAAGACUUGAUAAAGCUAAUGAAAUAGCGUUAACGUUUGGAAAUCAGAGUGUCGAACCAAUCGAUGAAUAUGUGAAAUUUGAGGUAUCUGAAGAAUUAGAAAAAAUAUUAAAGAAAUUACCCGAAAAUUAUUUUUCAAAUAAAGUUAGAAUUGGAGAAUUUAUAAAAAAAUUGUUGGAAACUGAUGACAAUAACGUACCAAAAAUUAUUGACAAAUUGACAUAUUUCGAUAAAGAGGAAUAUAUAGACGCAAGAAUUUGUAGACAAAUAAUAAAUAAUCAAUAUUACCCAAUUCCUAGUCAUUUUGUUAAUAAAUUUAAUAUGCUCGCUUAUAUAUUUAAAAAAUUUGAUCAAAAUAAAACCGGAAGAAUCGCUAUUAAAGAUUUCGAGUAUGUCAUCAAAAAAGUUCUUGUUAAUGAUAUAGUACAAACAAAAAUAUUAAAGAGUUUAUCUGGCGUAAAAGACGUUUGUUAUGAAGCAUGGUUAUUGAAAAAAAGAAAAGAUGUGUAUGAAAGCCAAUAUGGUCUGAAAGGCUUAUAUAUGAAAUUUAUAACUUCGAUAGCAUAGAAAAAAAAGUUUUUAAUUUAUAUAAAAGUACUUGUUUUUUAAAAUAAAUCAUAUAAUUACCAAAUA